AUGUUUGACAAGACGUCAGGGCAGGUUUACAGAGAAUGGACUGUCCCGCGACAGAGCCUCACCAUUCAUGAUGGUGAACGGGAUUGGUCUCGUCGGCGGCCAUAUCCUUUGUUUACUCCUCGAGGAACAAAGGGACCGAGAUCCUUGAUUGACAUGGCCACGCACGUCAUUGCUAACAACAUCGGAGACGUCACUGAGCACCACCUCGAAUCAAUCCCCAGCCGACUUCUUUGGCGUAUCUGGCGAUUCCUCGAGGCAAGAGGGGUAUGCCUGCACGCCUGGAAACUCUUCUCACGUAUCUUGGUAGCGGAUGAUGAAGAUAUGACACUUGGCCUCUAUCGAUUUAGACAACAUAUUUGCCGUCCGACAGAGGAACUCAAAAUCUACACUCAGCCUCUAACAUCCUCAUCAACACAGUUCAUCGCACACUUAACUAUCAGUGGUGGCUGUCAGUUCAGCACGCAUGAGCUGCUUUGCCUCGCGGAUAUGAAAAACCUGGGAGUGUUGGAACUUAUAAAGCCUGCUGACGAAGUGCGCUCUACGUUUCCCGAAGUUAAUGACAGAGUCGUCCGUGGCUGGUCAGAAAUGGACACUCCGUUCCCUUUACUGCGAGUGCUGCGCAUUUGGGGUGAUCAAGACAUCACGCAGGAAUCACUUCGCUGGAUCACAGAGUUUCCAUCAGUGGCAUUAUACGAUGUCACGGCUUCCAAAAGUGACUGGCCAGACCCUUCUAGCUCUGCUCAUGAGCACGGCUGGGAAAUAGCUGGUCCGGCUAGCGGCAUGGAAGACUCCUUAUUACGGUAUUUACUACUUUUCGCACCGUUGGAGCAAAUUCGAAGCAACCGACUGAAGGAACUCUCGAAGAGAAUAGACGCAGACUUGUCUUUGCUUUGCAGGGACUCUCGUUGUUCUGUAAAGUUCGUUGCAGACGGGCAGGCGCCCCCAUUGCUGGACUACCUGACGGAUACUGCAAAGGCAUAUCUACCGACGUGGGACAUUGAGACUUCUGUAAAAGCCGGAGGAUCCUGCCACGACAUUGCCUUCGAGACAUGGGCAUUUUGGCUUUACGCCUUUAUUGGUCAGCUGGGCAAAGAUCAAGAUUUGAGUUUGUGCGAAGCUCAAACCGAUUCGCAAGCUGUUGUAGGACCUUUUACGUUACCAUCAAAAUCAUUUGCGUGCUUAUUUCUGGGACACAGUGGUCGAGGUGGUAUUACCUCGACCCCAUCAUAUGUCAGCAGGGGACUCUUUGCAACUAAAAGAAUGACGUUUACUCGUCCCCUUGUUGUACAAGGCCUUGGAAAGCUCCACUUGUCACAAAAGGCAUCCAGGAAAGCAACAAACAUGGUAUGGAGCGAGCAAGCAGAGCCUUCAUUACGAAGAAACAAGAGGCGGAGACUUGAUGAAGUUUUAAGAUCACUAGGUAAUGAUAUUUCUUGA